ACUAUUUUUUCUUUAUUUCAUGCCUUGCUGGCACAGACUUCCGAAGCUACAGUCUAUGGAGGUCAGCAUCACCUCAACCCCAAUUUCCACCGAGUUAACUCGGAAUCUCUGCAAAACUACGCUUUACUUGCUUCUCGCCCUCGCCACUUUCAAGGCUUCUCGAUCUCUCCAACGCUACAUUCGUUCCCGAACGAUGUCAUCCUCGUCUUCUUCUCUGUCCACGACCGACGCCGGCACUCUCCGGCGAGACCGUAUUCUCUCUAGCAAGCUCUACUUCGACGUUCCUCUAUCCAAGGUUCCGGUUAUUUACUCGCCUUCUUAUGAUAUCGCGUUCCUUGGAAUUGAGAAGCUGCACCCGUUUGAUUCUAAAAAGUGGGGCCGUGUAUGCCAGUUUCUCACCACAGAAGGUGAUCUGGACAAGAACUCCAUUGUUGAGCCCCAGGAAGCUUCAAAAGAUGAUCUUCUUGUGGUGCAUUCAGAAUCAUACUUGAAUAGCCUAAAGUGCAGUGCAACUGUUGCCAUGAUAACUGAGGUUCCUCCUGUUGCAUUAUUUCCAAAUUGUCUUGUUCAGCUGAAAGUUCUUUAUCCAUUCCGCAAGCAGGUGGGUGGAACUAUUUUGGCAGCUAAGCUUGCAAAAGAGCGAGGGUGGGCUAUCAAUGUUGGAGGAGGGUUUCAUCACUGUUCUGCUGAGAAAGGAGGUGGAUUUUGUGCUUAUGCAGAUAUUUCUCUUUGCAUUCAGUUCGCCUUUGUCCGCUUAAACAUUUUGAGGGUGAUGAUAAUUGAUCUUGAUGCACAUCAAGGGAAUGGCCAUGAAACAGAUUUUUCUGAUGACAGACGAGUUUAUAUUCUGGAUAUGUACAACCCUGGAAUAUACCCACGUGAUUAUGCGGCACGGAGGUAUAUUAACCAGAAUGUUGAAGUAAUGAGUGGCACUACCACAAAUGAGUACUUGAGGAAAUUAGAUGAAGCACUUAAGGUUGCUGAGUGUAAGUUUGACCCAGAGUUGGUAGUUUACAAUGCUGGUACUGAUAUCCUUGACGGAGAUCCACUGGGCAGGUUAAAGAUAAGUCCUGAGGGGGUAGCCUGUAGGGAUGAGAAGGUCUUCAGGUUUGCUCGUGAGAGGAAUAUCCCUGUGAUAAUGCUCACAUCAGGUGGUUACAUGAAGUCCAGUGCAAGAGUUAUUGCAGAUUCUAUUGCUAACCUUUCAAAGAAAAACUUGAUAGAUUUGGGGAAACACCCAGGAUAAACAUCAGCCACGUAUAUCAACUGUUCUACCUGGUUCCUUUAUGGCGUCAACUAAUUGCAAUCAAGAGGUACAUGGCUUUCUUAAUUGCUACUGCAAACCUCGAACCUUCUGUAUAUCCAAAGGUAGUUGACAGAAGUUGAGACUAGAGAGUGUAAAGUGAAUGACAAGGCUGUCAUUGUGUAUACAUAUUAAUACGGGUUAGGAAUACCCUCUCACUUGUCAAAUCCUAUCUGCACAUCUCAAAAUAUGAAUGGGAGACAUUUAGUAUAGAAAUUUACAUUUCCUAAGUUCUUUAGGAUAUGUGGUAUUUUUAAGCCAAAUGGGUUCCUCACUCUUCUUGCUGUUGGUAAUUCCUUGAGGAAUUGAGCAAAACAUGAGCAUAAAUAAAUAGCAAUUUUCUUU